AUGACAGAGGCCGAGGCCGUGUACCGCUACGAGUCCGGAUAUAUCUCCCACAGCGCGAAGAAAGAUUACGGGCCGUUGGACUUCACCGGACGCAUAGCGGGGGGUUUGCGACUCGACAUUCGCAGGAGGGCGCCGCUAUUUUGCAGUGAUUGGACGGAUGCCUUCAUGCCGGAGAACUUCCAAAAAUCGGUGUCUUCAAUCUUGUAUCUGUUCAUAGCAGCCCUCGCCCCUGCGAUUACCUUCGGCAGCCGGUUCCUCGACGGCACGAACGGCCAGUUCGGUGUGUUGGAGAUGAUAAUGAGUACUUCGAUAUCGGGCUUGAUCUUCUCGACAUUUGCGGGCCAGCCGUUGUCAAUCCUUGGAGCUACGGGUCCCUUCUUGGCCUACACCUUGGUCGUCUACGACCUCGCUAUUGCAGUCGACAUAGAGUUCAUGCCAUUUUACUUCUGGACCUGCAUGUGGUGCUCGGUGUUCACUAUCCUCGUGGCGGUGUUCGACUUGUGCGCACUCAUGAAGCACGUGACCAUGUUCAGUGAGGACAUCUUCGCGGGACUGAUAUCUUUGAUCUUCAUCAUUGACGGAGUGAGGCCAAUCAUCGAAAAUUUCACGGAGAGCAGGCUCACGCUCACGAAUUGCAUGUUCGAGAGCUUGUUGUUUCUUUGGACAUAUGGAUGGGCCACAUACUUGUCCAGCUUCCGACGCACACCUUGGACAUUCCGAGCCAUCCGUAACUUUGGGGCCAACUUCGCGGUCACCAUCGCAUUGGUUUCGGGUUCAGCAAUGGCCGCCAUUUACUCGAAUGACACGGGCCUGAGGAUGUUGCAGGUGGAUGCUGACUUCGCCCCGAACUUGAGCUUGUCCGAUGGCAGCAAGCGGCCCUGGAUCGUGAAUCCUGCAGGCAUCGAGCGCCCGUUCCCGGCUUGGGGCAUUGCGUAUGCGGUGCUGCCAGCCAUUGGCUUUGCGGUGUUGGGAUACUUGGAUCAGAACCUCACCAGUGUGAUUGUGAACAGACCAUCCAACAACCUGAAAAAGCCUCCUGCGUAUCACCUUGACCUGUUUGUGCGUGGUGCACUGACCCUUCCUGUUUGCGCUGUGCUGGGCCUGCCGCUCUCCGUGGCCUCCACGGUACCGAGCAUCACGCAUGUGAUCUCGUUGACCACUUACGAGGUGCAGCAGCUUCCGGAAGGUGAGCGCAAGGUGCCUACGAAGGUAGUGGAACAGCGUGCUACUAACUUCCUGAUCCAUGUGCUGAUAGGACUUGCACUCUUCCUGGCGCCGGUGCUGAAGUUCUUGCCGCGGGCCGUGCUGCAGGGCGUGUUCUUCUACAUGGGCAUUGCAUCAUUGACCGGCAACAACUUGUUCGACCGCUUGAAGCUGUGGCUCAUCUGGGACCCGGCCAGGUACCCACAGUACCACUACGUCCAGAAGCUUCCGAUCAAGCGGGUGCACCUGUACACCUUGGUCCAAGUAGUCUGUCUUGGCAUUCUCUAUGGUUUGAAAGCCAUUAAGGAAACCUCCGUAGUGUUCCCGUUCUUCAUGGCGUCCUUGGCCAUCAUUCGCAAGGCCCUGAAGUGCAUGUUCACGGAGGAGGAGCUGAAGCAGCUGGACUCUCUUCCUGGGGAUGAUGAUGAGGAGGUUGAGGCAUCAAAGCCGGGAGCCGAUCUCGUAAACCUGGAGGGGCAGGACGAGACGUCCAAGAAGGAGGCACUCUUGAAUCUGUUCCGAUGCUCAUCACGAGCAAACAUGUACAGAAGUUCUUCCACAUUUUCCCUUGGAAUCUUGGUAGAAUGCAUGUUGGUGCGGAGCCUCCGAGCUUUGCACUUGGCCGCACUGCGGCUACACCGGCGCGCCAGCGCAUGCAGCGUUGUGUCAGACUCCUCGUCUCCAAACGCGCUCUCGCGCGCAGCGGCGUGGCGACAAACAGCGAAGCUGCCACCGGCCGAGGCCGUGUACCGCUACGAGUCCGGAUAUAUCUCCCACAGCGCGAAGAAAGAUUACGGGAGGGCGCCGCUAUUUUGCAGUGAUUGGACGGAUGCCUUCAUGCCGGAGAACUUCCAAAAAUCGGUGUCUUCAAUCUUGUUCAUAGCAGCCCUCGCCCCUGCGAUUACCUUCGGCAGCCGGUUCCUCGACGGCACGAACGGCCAGUUCGGUGUGUUGGAGAUGAUAAUGAGUACUUCGAUAUCGGGCUUGAUCUUCUCGACAUUUGCGGGCCAGCCGUUGUCAAUCCUUGGAGCUACGGGUCCCUUCUUGGCCUACACCUUGGUCGUCUACGACCUCGCUAUUGCAGUCGACAUAGAGUUCACCCCCGGCGCAGAGCCCUGGGACUCUGCGAUUGGCAUCACCGGCACGAGGGCCGGGGGGCACUGUGCAGCUUCGUCUACCGCGGCUGCAUGGACUAACGAUGCCUGGCUUGUUUGCAGUGCGCCUUCUCUAGCGCCCGAUUGCGUCGAUUCCGGUGCCUCAGCAGUGUUAGCAGCUAGACGUAACCGCCUCAUGCAUGCACUUGUGGGCAACGGUGGCCCUGCCGCCACCGGUGCUGACCCUUGGCUGGUUCAAGAUCCAUGGCAGCAGGCUCCUAAGUCUGGUAAGCCUAAGCCCCCCAAGCUCACAUCGGCCAAGUGGGAGGAUAUGCAGAUCCCGCACAUGGAUGAGUUGGAGCCGCUGUUGACUCAGAUUUCGUUGCAAGACCUGCAACCAGAGGCUACAGGGAUCGUGUUGACCAACAUGGCUACUGUAGACCGAUACAAGUGGGUACGCAGUCAGCAUCCUUUGUGCAUGAUUGUUCCUGGUCAUGACCGUGAUGAUCUUAAGCAGCUCCUUGCAAGCGGCAUUGGAGAGAGCGCAGCAUGUGCUGGAGAACUAACCCUUCGCGACCCCACAAAAGAGAGGAGAGAACGGCGCAGAGUUACGGUGAUCAAUUUGGGUGCAAGUCCGGUGACAUUCACAGCUUUGCCUGCGGACCUGAAGGUGCCAGUCAGUGACACUGUUGAGCUUUGGUUCUCCGUGCACAAGCGCUAUGCAGGUAACCUUUGGCAACAAGUGUUUCAGGGCAACCGCAAAGCCAUGGCUAAGACAGUCACUGCACUCCGCAAUGAUAAAGAUCCUACUUCUGAGAUUCCCGGAGCUUUGGUUGAAAUUUACGGUUACACGCACAAUCAAGCGUCGUGUGAGUGUGCUGCCAGGGUUCCCAGCUCCGCUGCAGACAAACUGCUCAGACAGAGUGGAACGCAUGGUGUGUUCGUGCGGCGGCUCAAGCGUGCCGGCCAAACUGCAGGGAACGAGGAGGUAAUCCUGUGGGUCAAUACCUCCACUGUUGCGGAGUUGCAAGCUCGUGUUCAGCCCCUUCGCGGAGUACAGGGUUUAGCCGUGAACAAGCAAGGAUUAGGAGUACGCAUUACUGGCACGGGCGAUGAACUUGCGCAAGCUCGUGCAGUGCUUCAGCCGGGCAAGGUCAGCCAAAGCACUGCCAAGAUUCGCGGCAAUCUCCACUUCGAAGUUUCCGGCCUCCCCCUCAGAACUGAAGCUGAUGACGUGCAAGCUUUGUUGGCAAAAGAGGUCCAAGCCCAGGCAUGGACGUCGUGGCAAGUGCGGCCUCUGCGGAGCUUCGUUCGGAAGGAUCAGAGGACUUGGGUCGUCGCUGCUGAUGCGGCGCCCGCCAAGGACAAGCUUCUAACAUCCACAGGCUCAGUGAUCAUUGAGAAGCUUGCCACGCCCCAAGAGAUGCACCAGAAGCGUCACGACCAAAAGCAGGCUGCUAAGGCUGAGCGGCGCAGGUAUGAUCCAGCGAGGAUCUCUGAACCCGCGGUUGUUCCCCCUGCCCAAUCCCAGGCUGUUACUCCGCAAGGGCCCAGUGCGCAUUCCAAUGAGGUUUCCGAGCUCAGGCGGUAUGUUGAUUCCAAGUUUGCUACGCUGAAGGGCGAUCUGGAAAGCCAGGCGAAAAAACUGCAUGGCAUCAAAGACGAUAUGAACGGGCUCCAGGCCUUUGUAAAGGACACGAUGCAGAAAGUCGCCACGAAGGAUGACAUAAGCCAGCUCCUUCAUGAAGCUUUGGCAGAUAAGAGACAGAAGACGGCGCCAUCCGCGUGA